GUCCUUUGCUGUCCUGUCCUGUCUGUCCCGUUCCCCGUGGCCAAACUUAUUUCGCGCGCCUCUUAAAUUUUUAACCUCUCUUCCUUCCCUCUCACCCACCUUCAACCAACCUACCAACCUACUCAAUUGUGUCCCAUCUACCACCCUCACACACAAACCCCCUCCGUCGCAAACAUGUCUUUCGUCCAGCGCCGCAUGUUCUCCGCCUCGGCGAGAAGCCUCUCCAAGGUCACCGUCCUCGGUGCCGCCGGUGGUAUUGGCCAGCCCCUCUCCCUGCUCAUGAAGCUCAACCCCAGAGUCACUGAGCUCGCCCUCUACGACAUCCGCGGAGGCCCUGGUGUCGCCGCCGACAUCUCCCACGUCAACACCAAGUCCUCGGUCAAGGGCUACGACCCCACCGCCACUGGCCUCGCCAGCGCCCUCAAGGGCGCCGAGGUUGUCCUCAUCCCCGCCGGUGUUCCCCGCAAGCCUGGCAUGACCCGUGACGACCUCUUCAACACCAACGCCUCCAUCGUCCGCGACCUCGCCAAGGCCUGCGCCGAGUCGUGCCCCGACGCCAACAUCCUCGUCAUCUCCAACCCCGUCAACUCCACCGUUCCCAUCGUCUCCGAGGUCUUCAAGGCCCGCGGCGUCUACAACCCCAAGCGCCUCUUCGGUGUCACCACCCUUGACGUCGUCCGCGCCUCCCGCUUCGUCUCCGAGAUCAAGGGCACCGACCCCAAGGACGAGAACAUCACCGUCGUCGGCGGUCACUCGGGCGUCACCAUCGUUCCCCUUUUCUCCCAGAGCAACCACCCCGACCUGAGCUCCAACGCUGAGCUCGUCAACCGCGUCCAGUUCGGCGGUGACGAGGUCGUCAAGGCCAAGGACGGCGCCGGCUCCGCCACCCUGUCCAUGGCUUUCGCCGGUGCCCGCAUGGCCGAGUCCCUGCUCCGCGCCUCCCAGGGCGAGAAGGGCAUCAUCGAGCCCACCUUCGUCGACUCUCCCCUCUACAAGGACCAGGGAAUUGACUUCUUCUCCUCCAAGGUCGAGCUCGGCCCCAACGGUGUCGAGAAGAUCCUGCCCCUCGGCAAGGUUGACGCCGCCGAGGAGAAGCUCCUCGAGGCCUGCUUCGCCGACCUCAAGAAGAACAUCGCCAAGGGUGUCGCUUUCGUCGCCCAGAACCCCCCCAAAUAAAUGUGCAAUCAAGCCGCCUUCCAAUGAGGGGCGAGGUGCCGAUUUAAUCUAGGGGAGGGCGGAAACGUCUUCUUGUUGUAGUAGUAGUAGUAGAUGGGGACCAUGGUUGAGUAGGGUUGGAAACACAAAUCACUCUCUCUCUCUUCUCGGCGGCCCAGCUCGACGGAAUGAUACCUCACCAAUUGCGUUUGGGCGUGUGUACGGCUGGGAGGGAACAACGGGUAGAAACGGAGGCGCAAAAAGUCGUGCUUUCCUACUCGCGGCAUCGACUUUAGGUCUGCCUCUGUACCAUAAAUUUCAAACAUGCUUGACUUGAUGUCCGGCCCCUACAUGAAUUGAUUUGCGAGAUGCUCGACU